AUGUUGUGGUCCAAGCUGUUCCCGCUCGCACUUGGGGUUCUGCUGACGUCUUCAAGUAGCUCGUUGGCGAAUCCUCUGCGCUCACUUGCAACACACACCAGCGUUGGUCGAGUCAACGCAGCGCUGCAUUCGCUCUUCACGUUGUACAACACCACUGAUGGUCGCUUUGACACUUCCGCGUCCUGGUGGCUCACAGGGAAUGCUCUGACCUCGGUGAUCGAGUAUACAGACAAGACCAAAGACUACCGUUUCUUUGCUCACAUCCUCAACACGAUCCAUAAGCAGAAAAAGCCUCUUCCCUGGUGGCCAUCUGGCGGUGGUAUCUUUCGCGCGGAUUCGACCGACGAUACUGGCUGGUAUGCGCUGGCCAUGCUUAGGAUGUUCGACAUCACGCAAGACUGCAAGUACCUCGACUAUGCUUUAUUGGAUGCAGAGUAUCUGCAAAGCUUUGAAAGUGACAAGUGUGGCGGAGGUAUCAUCUGGGACAUUCCAUCUCGCAGUUACAAGAACGCGAUCAGCAACGAGCUGUAUCUGUCGCUCACCGCUGGACUUGCCAACAGACUGACGGACAAGAAGCAGGCUAAAAAAUGGCUCAGCACGGCCAAGAAGCAGUACACCUGGUUCGUCAAGAGCGGCAUGAUCAACGCUCAAGGCCUCAUCAACGAUGGUCUCACCGACGCUUGCGUCAACAACAAUGGCAUCCAGUGGUCAUACAACCAGGGUGUCAUCCUAGGGGGCCUAGCCGAACUGUACAAGGCUGACAAGCAAAAGAAAGAGUAUAUCGAUCUGGCCCAACGUAUCGCUGACGCCGUCAUCAACAGUGCGCAGUUCAACAGCGUUUCCGGAAUCCUGGUCGACAAGUGCGAGGCCACAGCAAACUGCAACACGGACCAAGACGCUUUCAAAGGCAUCUUUGUUCGGAAUCUUGCCAAGCUCAACCAGGUUUUGCCACGACCAAAGUAUAGGCGCUACAUUCAGCAUCAGGCAGAGGCGGCGUACAGCAACGAUCGAAAUGCGACCGACUUCUACGGCGUACAAUGGACGGGUCCAGUGGGACACGCCAACGUGGGCACGCAGGGAUCGGCAGUGAGCUUGCUCGUCGCCGCCUUGUAA